AUGGACGAGGACGACCACCACAACAUGCACGUGGUCGAGUUCACCGUCGCCUACUCCGGUGCGGUGCUGGACCAAGGACCUCCACCUCAACAGAUCCUAGCUUGGUUUGUUGAUACGUGCAGAUUGGUGGUCUUUGACUUUGCAACAGAUGUUAUUGUGCAUAUCAGUGCAGUCAGAUUCUACUUGCACAAGCACGUAGUUCUUCAGACACAGAAUGUUCAACUGUCGGGGUCUCUUUGUCAUGCCAUCAAGAGUAUGGGAAGUCCGAUCAUUUGCUGCUCAAAAUCCGACAAAUCAGAGGAGGAAUGCGUGAGAAGCAAGUCUAUCAUCAAUGGCAAGCUCAACAAGAUGAACCAUACAGGCGAGGAAGCUCCCAGGCGCAACAACUCCUCCGUCCAAGUUGUGUGCUGGGCGUCGUCCACCCUGUUGGCCACCAGGACGUACGAGGCGACGAUUGGCAGUCUCGGUGGACCGGACGCCAACAUGCCAAUGAGGCUGAGAGACACAAACAGAACAAUGAAUUCAAGGUUUUGCAGGAUCCAACGUGUCACUAAGGCUGGCUGGUUGAUUGAUGCGGACUACCGCGACCCGGUGGGCAGUGUGCUCUUCAACGACUCGGAGGUGGACUUGGCUGUGAAGACCGGCGACCGUGUCGCACAGAUGAUCAUCCAGAUGUUCACUAUUGUAUCCAUGAAUGCUUCAAGUGUUAAAGAUGGUUCUGUGACCUGA